GACUUUGACAGAUAAAUUGACAAGUAAACUAAAACAGCUGGUUGGUACACAAAAGAUAAAAAUCUAAAAAUAUUACAUAAAAUCUGUAAUAAAAUUAGUGAGAACAUAACUUCAGUGUUCUUUUCAACAUUUCCCAGAAACAAGACUAUUAGUACUUCUACAGUUCUAAGUUGUAAGAGUUAGGUUAUGUUAUUGUGAGUCAUUGUGAUUGUAGUGAAUGAUUUGAAAAUUUCGACGCAGUACCUUGAAGUUUUCUGCCUUAUAUGGGUUGAGGAAGUUUUAUCGUGUUACCUGGAUCAGUUAGAAUUUGUAGUUAAAAAUGAGUGAUCGCGAAGGUGCUAGCAGUUCAGGGUCGCCAGGCCCAGACAAAGGGGAGAAACCUACGAGAACUCCACCUCAAUCAAUGCCUGCUGGAUCAGGCCCAAGUGGAGGCAGUUACUAUGCAAGUGAGCCGAUUCAAUUCAGAGUGCGAGGUUCAACCAUUACCGAAGCUUCUCCCCCGAAGUUCGUCACUCUGGAGGACAUCAUGAAAGCUGCGCACGGUAUGCAGAACAUGGCGCUGGCUCAUGAGAUUGCCGUCGACCAGGACUUCAAGUUGGAGCCGUUUGAGCCACCAGACAACAGCUACCAAAAACUGGUAAAAGAAACCAUGCACAAAGCCUACUUCGACAUAUUGAGAGAGCAGCUCAACUCAGACCCACCAGAGUACAAGCAAGCUCUAGUACUACUUGAAGAUGUUAAACAGGGUCUAUUCUCCAUCCUGCUCCCACGCCACACGCGCAUCAAAGAGAUGAUUGAGGAAGUUCUCGAUACAGACUUCAUAAAGCAGCAAGCCGAGAACAACAGUCUGGACUUCCACAAGUAUGCGAACUUCGUCGUCGACCUGAUGGCGAAGCUGGCUGCCCCCGCGAGGGACGAGAUGAUACAGCACAUCAGCUCGUUGACUGACACGGUGGACAUAUUCCGUGCAAUCCUGGAGACGCUGGAGGUGCUGAAGCUGGACCUGGCGAACACGCUGAUCGCCAUGAUCCGGCCGCACGUGCAGCAGGAGAGCGUGCAGUACGAGCGCGGCAAGUUCCAGGAGAUGCUGCAGCUCGCGGAAGACGGGCUCCAACACACACGGGCCUGGUUACAGCGGCACAUAGACAAGGCCGGUCUCAGCUUACCAGUCACCGACCAGAACAUCAUCAGAAACGUCACAGCACAAACACUAGCUAAGGCCUAUCUGGAACUGCUCGAGUGGGACGACAAACAUGGCUACCCUGAGACAUUAACCCUAGAUGCGCCGCGCUUCGCGGAACUGGGCAUCCAAGUGUACCGCCUCGUGUGCGUGGCCUCGCUCAUGCUGGUGAGCCCCAGCUGCGCCAGCGACGCCGCCGCCGCUCAGCACAAGCAGACGCUCAAGGACAAGAUCGUCAUCAUCAUGGACAACACUUCUAAUGACACAGAACUGAAAGCCGUCCUGCCUUCCAUAGCCGAGGAAGUGAUCCUAGUGACGGACCAGCUUCUGGAAAACCUCAAUCAAGACCCGCUCACAGCCGACACUAAGGAGCUUAUCCGAACACAGAUUAUAUCGCUAAGGGACCCCGAACAUAGGGUGCGGCAGAUUGUUCGUCAACGCAUCCUGGAAUUUCUGAAAAUCAUACUAGUGUGCGCGGGGGGCUCCCGUCAGAUCCCUGUGGGGCUCUCGGCCCUCGCCCGGGAGCUGACUUCCGUUUCCGGCACACUCCUGCGCUACGUCAUGCACAAUAAGGCUGUGUUCACCAGCUACUACAUAGAUAUAGUCGCCGAAGAACUCUCUAGGAGUUAAGAGAUGUAUAGAGUUAGGUACUAAUAAUAUUUACGCUAUAGGGAAGUUUUUAAGGAGCAUUUUGUGAAUUUCAAAAUGGGAUUUGUAUGAGAUUGGGAUUGAACAGUAUACUAUUAAAAUAUAAAUAUUUUUAUAUGUAUUUCAAUACGACUAACAAACAAUUUCGUUGAAAAAAAUAUAUAUAUAGCUAUAGGGGUAACGAUCGAGCUCCAUGCACGUCUAGCUCUGAUGUCUGAGAAUUUUUAUUUUCAUUGGUACAACUUUUUUUAUUGUUGUAUGUGCAUUUGGAAUGAUAUCUUCGUAAAGAUAUUACAAGCAAACAAAAAUACCCAAGUAUCUACUAAGUAUUACUAGUAGAGUACGGCUAAUCCCUAAUAUACGCAAUGUAUGUACUGUCAAUGAAAUUGAACAUUUAAACCUUCAAACUUCCCUAUAGUACUCCUUUUUCACAAAUUUACUACGCUACGAUUAAAAUUUAAUACACCUAAUAACAACCAAUUUUUAAAUGUCUGCAUAAAUAUAUUAUAGAUUAUUAAUGAUAUUUCUUAUCAUACUAAUAUUUACAUAAUACUUGUGUCAAGAAUAAAUAUUUGAAAGUUAUAAAUUUUUACCAAGAUUUUAAUAGCAUUGUAUCUGCGUAUAUUUCUAACAGUAAGUACGUAAUUUUUAUAAAUAUUUGUCGAAACUUUUCACAUUUAAUAUUAAUCUCUGAUUUAUCGAUGUAAUACGAUAGAUUAUUAUACUUCUAAGUACAUAACCAUUCCGCCUUGUAUCAAAAUAAUAUUUAGUUAAAGAUUCGAAAUCAAGAGAUUAUUAAAUGUCAUAAAAUGUUACUAAAAUGUACUGGCAACACCGAAACAGAACGGAAGACCUUAAAUCUCAUGUCUACGGCCAGAAUAUUAUUUUUAAAUCGCAUUUUUACUGACCGUGACUAAUACUUUUGUAAAACAUAUAAGAAGUGCAUUUAUGCAACAUUAUUAUUCGGUCGAGAACAAUCGAUGGUGUCAAUAGCAUUGUUUUUCGUUGAUAAAAAACUAUAACUAUUGCCUCAUUCUGAACCAUCGAGGCACAUGCAAAAAAUGUCUCUUUCACAAAAUGUACCCUAGUCGUAAAAUGCCACUUUCGAACGUCUCUUACGCCGAAUGUCUCUGGCAAAAUGCCAAAGAAUGCCUUAAAAAAUAAUUAACGAGAAGAAAGUUUAGAUUUAAAAAAUAUAUGUUUUUCUUUAAAAAUCGAAAUUUUAUGUCCCCGUUGCGACAUUUUAUGAAAGAGACAUUGUGUGAAAAAUACAUUAAUAGAAGGGGACAUUUUGCGCAUGAACUGCUUUCGAUAGUCUUUCUAUCGGAGGUUAAUUCAGUAAGGGGUUAUACACUAUGUGUUAGUAUAUAGUUUACAAAUUCUCAAAAGAAUUGGAUUCCAUAUCCAUUCACACUUCUAUACUAAUAUAUUUUAAAUGUAAAACUGUGUUUGUCCUUCUUUCACGUUAAAACGGAAUAAUGUAUUUAAAGUGAUUUUUUGUAUGGAUCUCUAGUGAUUUUUUGGAAGGGUGGAGUGACAUAGGACAUAGGUUACCUAUAAUAAAUAUACUAUUUGGGUACCUUCUUGCCUCGGGCAACGCUAUUUUUGAAAAAUAAUGACAAGAAAUUUGUUUAAAAAAUACAGUAAAACAUGAAAUUAAAAUAAUCGUACUAAUAUUAUAAAUACGAAAGUUUGUGAAGAUGAAUGAUGUGUAUGUUUUUAACUCUUUCAUAUAAACUCUACUAAACGAAUUGUUAUGAAAUUUGAUACACGGGUAGAAUAUAUACCUACAUAGAGUAGUAUUUAUCUCAAAAUUCCACGGGAGCGAAGCCUCGGGGCGCAGCUAGUCAUAGAAUAUGGCUGUGCAGACUACAGUUAAUUUGACAUAUAAAUACAUGUUUUGAAACCGUACGCAAAAUUGUCGAAUGUAUUUUAAAAUCAUAUUAUUAUUGUAUUUUUCUGAAUGUGUUGAACAAAAUUGUUUUUUGUUUUAUGAAAUGUAAUCAGAUGAACUUGUGCACUAAAUAAAGUAUCGCUUAAAAUUAUAA